AAGCUGUGUUCAACCCUAACUAAACUGCCUCAUCUCACCGCCCGCCCACAGAAGCGCCUGUAGUUGCGAACAAUUUCUCUAUUUCGCGGGUCCCACUCUGAUCUGCCUUCUUUUUUUUUCCCUAUCGCCAAAUUUACGAGAAAAAUCCCAUCGACAUCACGAUUUCCCGACUAUCGUGAAAAGUCACCGUCAAGAUGGGUAUGUUACAUGUUUUGAGUCUCUGUGUGCAAGUGGACGCUUGAGAGCAACUGUGAUGAGACUGUAAUGGUCAACACAGCUUGCUCUCUUGCUGUCUGCGAGAAGGGGCAAUUCUCUUUUGAGUUGAUCCCGAAUGAGCAUACAUGAACCAAAAAGCUGACGAGCUUUGCCCUCCAGGUAUUGAUUUGGAUCGCCACCACGUGCGCAGCACCCACCGCAAGGCGCCCAAGAGCGACAAUGUCUACCUCAAGCUCUUGGUGAAGCUCUACCGCUUCCUGGCCCGCCGAACCGACUCUGCCUUCAACAAGGUCGUCCUGCGCCGCCUUUUCAUGUCGCGUACCAACCGACCCCCUGUCUCCCUGUCCCGCAUCGUCGGCCAGCUUUCCAAGGGUCAGGAGGGCAAGACCGUUGUUGUUGUCGGCACCAUCACCGAUGACAACCGCCUGCUUGAGGUCCCCAAGCUGACCAUCGCUGCCAUGCGAUUCACCGCCACUGCUCGUGCGCGAGUGCUCGCUGCCGGUGGUGAGGCUCUGACCCUUGAUCAGUUGGCCCUGCGUGCCCCGAUCGGCGCCAACACGCUGCUACUCCGUGGUCCCAAGAACGCCCGUGAGGCCGUCAAGCACUUCGGCAUGGGUCCCCACAAGCACAAGAAACCCUACGUCGAGUCCAAGGGCCGCAAGUUCGAGAAGGCUCGUGGUCGCAGACGGUCGCGUGGUUUCAAGGUCUAAGGGGACCAUUGAGACUUGGACUAGGGUGGAUCAUGCGCUACGGCUCUUCCGAUAUACCAUGCAAGAAAUUUGCAGCUGGAAGGGAUCUCUGCUACUUCAGGCGUCUUUUGUGCAUGGUUUGGCGUGGAUGGGUAUCACAAAAUGUUUUGUUACGAAAUGAGAGAUAUUGCCAAAGUAUUGACCAUCCAUUGAGCCCUUCCACCAACGUAUCUUGACGCCGCCGUUUUUGAAUCCAGUUAUAGACUAUUUCGCGACAAGUCUAAGAAGUCACUCCGCAACGAGGAAUGUCAACUCUUUCGUCUACGAAUUGUCAACCGGUUGUGAUAUCGAGAUGAGAUUGAAUGUA